AUGAAGGUGAAAUUAAAAAAUGUUUUUGUCGUCUAUUUCCUGGUGUCUGUGACUGGCCUCAUGUACGCCUUGCUGCAGUUGGGGCAGCCCUGUGAUUGCAGCGAACACCUGAAGGCUGCUAGCGACCUCAUCCACGCCAAGGAGAAGCGACUGUCCCAGUUGCAAAGAGAAGUGAAGCGGCUGCAGGGCCUGGAAAAGGUGCUGGGACCGAUAGAAGAGACACCGGUGGUCAUCUAUGUAGUCACGCCCACCUAUGCCAGGCUGGUUCAGAAAGCCGAACUGGUCCGGCUCUCCCAGACGUUGAUGCACGUCAAAAACCUGCACUGGAUCGUGGUGGAGGACUCGCCCAGCCGGACCCAGCUGGUCUCCGAGUUGCUGGCCCAAAGUAAGCUGCCUUUCACCCACCUCCACGCCGAGACCCCCAAGGAGCACCAGCGGAAGGAGACCGACCCCAACUGGCUGAAGCCGCGCGGCGUGGAGCAGCGGAAUCUGGCUCUGCAGUGGCUGCGCCAGCACCGCAAGCUGACCGACGCCGGCGUGGUGUACUUUGCGGAUGACGACAACACCUACAGCCUUCGCCUCUUUGACGAGAUCCGCUCCACCAAGAGGGUCUCGGUCUGGCCUGUUGGCCUGGUGGGAGGCCUCCGUUUCGAGCGGCCCCUGGUGGAAAAGGGCAAAGUGACCGGCUUUUACACGGCGUGGAAGCCCAACAGGCCCUUCCCCGUUGACAUGGCGGGCUUCGCCAUAGCCCUGUCGCUGCUCCUGGCCAACCCGGAGGCUCGCUUCGACUUGCUGGCCGAGCGCGGCUACUUGGAGAGCAGCCUCCUGCAGUCCCUGGUCUCCAUGGAGGAGCUGGAGCCGAAGGCGGACAACUGCACCAAGGUCCUCGUCUGGCACACCCGCACCGAGAAGCCUAAGAUGAAACAGGAGGAGCUGUUGCAGAAGCAGGGACACGGCUCCGAUCCCCGCAUCGAGGUGUGAGACCAGCUUCCCCCAUCCAGGUACCACAACGGGGGUGGACGUCUCUGCCGGGCCGGAGAGCCCACCCUGGCCAGAAUGGGAUUGCCUUGUAUAGAGAGAGAAAACACAUUAUUUUAA